CGCACAGUCAUUGUGACGUCAUGAAACUCAUGCGCGAAUAGAUGGAGCGGAGGGGGUCUGGGUCACUGGAAUUUGGGUCGUAAAGAACAAGCGGAUUUGCCUUGGACGCGCAUCGCGACGAGGCGCGUUCACAGAGUGAGUGCAGGUGGUGCGCAGUGGUGAGCCGGCCGGCAGGGCGGAACUAAAGGAGGCGAUAACGCUGACAUCUCUCAGUUCCCUUUUAUUAUUUAUUGUCACAUCCAUCCAUGGCUGAGGAGGUGACACGGUGGCAGACCUGAAGUCAGUACUGCAGGAGGAGGAGCAGCAGGAGGAGCAGGAUGGGGAAUCUUUUUUUCACCCGGACCAAAGCUGCACUGUCUGAGUCGCAGGACGAAGGGAGGUUCAUGGUUAAGAUGAUAAAGAAGAGCAUCACUUAUUAUUCCACUCCACUUUCAGAGCAGCAAAUCCUGUGUCCGACCAAAGACUCUAAAACCUCCUCCUCUCUACGCCCCACCUCGUCCUUGUCCCCCUCUGGUCUACCCUUGAACAACUCCCCCUCUGCAGAUAUUUCCACUUCUCCAUUGCUCUCAUCCACACCAUCGACUUCCCGUCCACUUCUUGUCUUCUUUGCAUGGCUCGGGGCCAAGCCAAAAGAUGUGGCCAAGUACCGGAACAUUUACCUGGACCGUGGCUUUGAUGUCCUGGUGGUCUAUAGCAGCGUGAAGCACUUUCUGUGGCCUCAGUGUGGCCUCAGCUAUGGGUUAGAGGUUAUGAAAGUAUUAGAAGAGCCUCAGUUGACCGGGAGGCAGCUGGUGGUCCACGCCACCUCUAUUGGCGGCUACACUUUCACCCAGAUUCUAACCCACAUCGUUGCGGGAGUGGAAAAACACUCAGCGCUAGCUCAGAGAGUGAGAGGUCACAUCUACGACAGCCUAGUGGCUGGCACUCUGGAGCACAUGGCGACAGGCCUUGGUAAAACACUGCUGCCACGAUUCGAGGGCUUGGUCAAAAACCUAGCUAUGUUCUACUUCUGGCUCUUCAAAACAAAAACAGCGGACAUCUACGAAAGCAGCGUCCAGGUUUUCCGCAACAAUCCCAUCACCACACCGGCCCUCUUCUUCUUCAGUGAAAACGACGCCCUAUGUGACCCAGAUGUGAUAGAUGAUAUGAUCGACCUCUGGAGGAAGCGGAAUGUGACUGUGGAGAGCAGGAGGUGGAAGGAGUCCAAACAUGCGGCACACAUGCGAUGCCACCCGCAGGAAUAUCGUUCUCUGCUGGAAAGGUUCUUGAAUUCCCUCGAUCUCCGGCCUUAAUUACACAGCAUGACUUGGAGCAUGUGAGAUGUUUUUAUUUUGUUUAAAUCAAUGAACAUCAUCUUUUAGCUGUUACUGUUAGGAAUUGAGUUACAGCCACAAUUAAUACUGAAUAUUUUUGUUGUUUGUAUAUGUAUGUAUAGUAAAAUUACGAGGUCAAAUAAUACAAUAUUUCUAGGCCUGUAGCAAGACUUCUGGAAAUAAAAAACGUCUGAAUUCCGGAAGUAAAUUUGAGAAUUUUGAGAAGAAGCACCGUGACAAAAUGUCUACUUUCUAAUACUUCCACAGCCUAUGGGUAAAAACUGUAGGAUUUUAACAUUCCUAUUUUAACGCACAAGGUACUGUGUUGCACAAAAUACUAAAAUCUAAAUAUUUUUGACAAAGGUCAGUGUUUGUGAUUGCUUUAUUUAUUCAUUUAUUUAUUGAUCUGAUCUGUAUGGUUAUAUUAGUGCCUCAGUCCAUGAUAGCGCCUGCUACAAAAAGUAUAUGCUGCUACAUGAAUGCAAUGGUUAUGGCUGCAAACCAUGUUUAAAGUUUUUGAAAUUAAGGAUACAUUUGAUGUGAUGCCAUUUUAAUAUAUAUAUAUGUGUUAUUAAUGAAAGUUUUGCCUACUUUAUAACAUUGCAAAAGCAAGUAUGAUGUUAACAUGUUGUAUGCAUUGUGUGCCCUAUUUGUGUAAUAAAAGAUGGCAAGGCUAAAUGAAAAA